GAGAUGAGAAGAGAGAGAGGGUGAGUGUAGAUCAAGUGAGUAAGAUGCCAUAUCUUCAAGCUGUAGUGAAUGAAGUGUUACGGAUGAAGCCGAUUGCACCUCUCGCCAUUCCCCACAAGACGGUGAACGAUACCACAUUGAUGGGUUUGAAGAUCGACAAGGGUACUGCUGUUAUGGUAAAUAUCUAUGCUGUCCAUCAUGAUCCAAAGGUCUGGGAUCAUCCAGAGAGGUUUAUGCCAGAGCGGUUCAUGAACGAAAAUGCACGUAAUGUAAGCAUGGCCAUGGAACAGUCAUUUCUUCCGUUUGGAGCAGGUAGGCGAAUCUGUGCAGGAAUGGAGCUGGGAAAGGUUCAGGUGGGCCUCACCCUAGCCAAUCUGAUUAACAGGUUUGAAUGGGUUGCUGCUGAUGGGGAUGGGCCUGACAUGACCGAUGAUUUUACUGCUCUUCUCAGGAUGAAAGAGCCCCUCGUGGCAGGUAUCACGCUUCGUACUAACCUUGGAACCACCUUCUCUUGAAGGUUUUGUGACCAUGGAUGCUGAAUACCACCCAAUAAGAAACUUCGUGUGUUUUAGUUAGUUACUUUUUUGACUUUGAAUAGUCUGGUAAGCACCGUUGUAAAAU